GACCAAAGCACACUGCGUGCUUCAUUAUACUGUAAGAAUGAGGACAAGUGGACAUAUACAAGACACGCGUCUCAUUGCGCAUCCUUACGCGAUCAAUUGACGACACAUCACAAAGUGGAAUAUUAAUCUCAGGAACGAGGAAAAGGGAGGAGGAACACUACAAAGGUGAUGUGACAGAAGACAUACUUCACUGACAGACUACAGGAAGCUGGAGAUGAGGAUUGUUGGAUUGUGGAGGACUGGGCGAUACUGUCCACUGCUGGUCAUUCUGCUCCAGUCGCUGUUGACUGUUAUAAGGUCAAAUAAUGCUGGAAGCCAGAAUAUUGCACGACUACAGCUUUCUCAUACAGACCUGCGGUCGAAAAACAGCUCUGCGGUGUUCUGGGAUGGUGGAGUGGGUGGAGCAUUUCAGGCCUUACUGCUGGAUGAAGACCGCGGCUGGCUGCUUGUCGGAGGUCGAGACCAAAUCUACAUGCUGAACUCUGAAAGCGUCACCCAACCAGCACGCAAGAUUCAUUGGCCAGCUGGACAGGAACACAUUGAACGCUGCAAAUCUGCAGGAAAGAAUCUUUUGAUGGACUGCGCCAAUUACGUGAGACUCCUACAGCCUUUCAAUAAAACUCACGUGUAUGUGUGUGGAACUGGUGCAUUCCACCCGCAAUGCACCUACAUUGACCUGGGACACAAUCUUGAAGAACCCACAUUCCAGCUCUCAAGCCAUGUUGAAUCCGGGAGAGGAAAAUGUCCUUUCAGUCCUCAAGAACCUUUUACUGUGCGACUGACAGAUGGGGACCUGUAUGCCGGGACGUCUGUGGACUUCAUGGGAACAAACGGCGCCAUUUUUCGUACAUCUCUGCACAGCAGCAGUCAACAUUACAUCCGUACCGAAGCUUACCAUGACCACUGGCUCAAUGAGCCGGAAUUUGUAGGAUCAUAUUCCAUCCCUGACACGCACAGCUUGGACGAUGACAAGGUCUACUUCUUCUUUAAAGAGACCGCCGUGGAGUCCAACCAACUGGACAAGCGAGUCUACAGUCGAGUGGCCCGUGUCUGCAAGAAUGACAUUGGAGGAAAGAGAAGCUUGAUUAAUCGCUGGAGCACCUUCCUGAAGGCCAGACUGGUGUGUUCGGUACCAGGCCUUGGAGGCAUGGACACAUACUUUGAUGAACUGCAGGAUAUCUUUCUCUUGGAGACCAAAGAUCCACAGAAUCCGGUCAUCUAUGGUGUCUUUUCCACUUCUGGCUCCGUCUUCAGAGGUUCGGCUGUGUGCGUUUACUCCAUGGCCUCCAUCCGAGCCGCCUUCAAUGGGCCCUUUGCACAUAAAGAGGGGCCUGAUUAUCGCUGGAUGGAGUACAAGGGGAGGAUCCCUUAUCCACGGCCGGGAACAUGUCCUAGUGAGACCUAUGACCCUCUGCACAAGUCCACCCGUGAUUUCCCCGAUGAUGUUGUGAGUUUCAUGAGGUCCCAUCAGCUGAUGUGGGAGCCAGUGUUGCCCAUUCAUAGACGCCCGGUUUUCACCUGCAUCAACGCCCCCUACAAGCUGAAGAAGCUGGUGGUUGACAGAGUUGAUGCAGAAGACGGCCAUUAUGAUGUCUUGCACCUAGGCACAGAUGAUGGCAAGGUAUUGAAGAUGGUCUCCAUACCUAAAGAGAACUGGGAAACUGAAGAAAUCAUUCUGGAGGAGCUGAAUGUCUUCAAGACUCAAACCCCAGUAUUAAGCAUGGAACUGUCCACCAAAAGGCAAGUAUUGUUCGUAAGCAGCGAUGAGGGUGUCGUCCAGUUACCUGUUCAGAGGUGUGAGCUGUAUGGUAAAGCAUGUGUAGAUUGCUGUCUAGCUCGAGACCCAUAUUGUGCCUGGGAUGGCUCAUCCUGUACUAACUACUUGCCUAGCAACAAAAGGCGUGCUCGUAGACAGGAUGUGAGGUAUGGAGACCCCUGGAGCCAGUGUCAGGACAUGAGUGAUGGUUCAGAGCAUGCUGAGCUGAAGACCGUAUACGGUGUGGAGGGAAACACAACCUUCCUAGAAUGCGUUCCACGCUCACCGCGGGCAACGAUCAAGUGGAUAAUUCAGACAAAUAACAGCCAGAGCAGCAAACAGCUGGUUCCAGAUGAAGAAAACCUCAUUCACAUGCAACGUGGGCUCCUCCUUCAGCGCUUAACAUCUGCUAACACUGGCCUGUAUCUCUGCAUAUCCUAUGAACACUCAUUCUCCCGCACAUUAGCCCGCUACAAACUAAACGUCAUCCCCCAGAACCACAUGCCUAGAGUGCAGAACAUUCGUACCUCGGACUCUGGAGCUGCCGGAAAUUAUGCAGCCUCACCGCGAAGCUACAAAGAACUCCAUCUAAUGGGAGUUAGCGGGCUAACGGCAGACGAGUACUGCGAGCAGCUUUGGUACCGUGAAAAACGACGACAGCAAAAACUCCGUACUCUAAAGUGGAAACAAGAGUCUGAAAACCAUAAAGCAAGAGUCCGCCGACAAAAUCCACCUCAUGAGCCUCUCGAUUGAGGUACAACAACAGACUCUUGGAUGUUUAUUGCUUAAUGGCCAAGGGCACUUUUCAGCUACCUGCAGCUAGCAAUUGCUACUGUUAGCAAAACAACAAAGGGCUAAGAGCUUUGUUUUUCUUCUUUAAAUUUCAUUUAGUCUUCUUAUGUGUUUUAACAAAGUCUUAUUUUGUGGUCUUAGUUACCUUGUCAGCAUUAGCCUGUUUUAGCCAUUAGCUACGAACUCUACCUGUAUUAUAACCAGUUGCUCAGCCUGUAGCUGUGCCGCUGGUAUGAAUUCGUGCUGUGUGGCAUUGGACCUUCAGAUAAUAAGAUUUUGCCUACAUUUCCUGCCUAAUAAUCAAUCUGUUGCUGUUUGUUUAUUAGUGCUGCUUUCAAGUCCUACUUAGUUCCUACUUAAGAUGUCGUGAUUGCAAUGUGACGUACGCUCAAGUGAUUCCGGUCAUAAAAAAAUUGGCAUGUUGGGCUAAUUAAUGUUUUUUUUUUUAUUAUUCUACUGAUUUUUCUGUAUAUUAGGACUCUGAAGGGUUUGCUUUGAUUUUUCACUCUCCCCAGUCAACAAAUGUAUCUUGAACAUACAGUAUGUUCUGAGAACAGCAGGUGCCUCCAUGUUCACAGGAAGUUUGUCUUGCCACUCACUUACGCAACCCAGGAUGUACCCUUCAUAAGUGUCCUUCCUCUCCAAGAACAAUCCCUUCUUCUCUUUCCUGAGAACAUCCUUGAGUAAAUAUAUGUUGGUUUUAUGGCAUGACAUACUGUAUGUACUCUAAAAGAAAAGCAAAUUAAACCCAUCUGAAUACAGUGACAUUUACAUUUAUUCAUUUACAGACUUUCCUAAAGUUAGCAGCUUGUUAAACUCUGUAGUGUGUACAGUAUGUGUGAUAUAUUCAUGUGUCCAUGCAUCUGGGAAAGAUAAUACAAAAUAGCUCAAAGAUCA